GCUGGGGUGGCGGCGGGCGGUGUCGGCCAUCGCUGCGCGGUGUGCGCGCCGCCUCUCCAUGGCCAAGAGCAAGUUCGAGUACGUGCGGGACUUCGAGACGGACGACACCUGUCUGCCCAACUGCUGGAUAGUGGUCCGGCUGGACGGCCGCAACUUCCACAGGUUUUCGGAGCAGCAUGAGUUCAAAAAGCCGAAUGAUGACCGUGCUCUUCAUCUGAUGACCAAGUGUGCCCAGACAGUGAUGCAAGAAUUGGAGGAUAUUGCUAUUGCUUAUGGACAGAGUGAUGAAUACAGUUUUGUUUUCAAAAAGAACAGUAGAUGGUUUAAAAGAAGAGCAAGUAAGUUCAUGACUCAUGUGGUCUCCCAGUUUGCCUCAAGUUACGUUUUCUAUUGGAAGGAUUACUUUAAGGACCAGCAACUUCUGUACCCACCGGGAUUUGAUGGACGAAUUGUGUUGUAUCCCAGCAACCAAAAUUUAAAGGACUACCUCAGCUGGAGACAAGCAGACUGCCAUAUUAAUAAUCUUUAUAAUACGGUGUUUUGGAUGCUUGUGCAGCGAAGUGGUUUGACACCAGUGCAAGCACAGGACAGACUCCAGGGAACUUUGGCUGGAGAUAAGAAUGAAAUCUUAUUUUCUGAAUUCAACAUCAACUACAACAAUGAACCUUUGAUGUAUAGAAAAGGAACUGUCUUAAUAUGGCAGAAGAUUAAUGAAGUCACGACUAAGAAAAUAAAACUGCCGAAGGAAACGGAAGAAAAAGAAGUUGAGGUGACCCGAACUAGGACUAAAGUUGUUCCCCUGCACUGUGACAUUAUUGGGGACCAGUUCUGGGAGGAAUAUCCUGAGAUCCUGGCUGAGGAUAGUUGAUGCCUCUGGUGAAUGUAACCUGUAGUUCACCUUUGGCUCUGCUUGGGUUGUUGUUGAGUGAAGACUAUGGUGACUGUGACCCUCUGCAGGAACUGCACUGGUUUUAGCACUGUUGGUGCCUGAAGAAAAGACACCGUUAUGUUCUCCGACACACAAGGAUAUGCCAAUAUGGAAAACUUAAAAUCAUAUUACAUUUUGAAUCUUAAGAAGUCCUCAUAAAUUGGCGGCUUCUUCCUUGUACAUGCAUAUUUGUAAAAAAAGUGUAUAGAAAUUUCAUGCAUUUCUAUAGCUUUUAAAUCAUGAGGUAUUUUACUGAACUACUGAACUAUAAUAAAGCUGGCAUAUUUGAACAGUUAAAAGCAGAAGAAAAAAUAAUUAUUUUUAUUUUUUUUUUCAACCGAGGUGGACCAGAAUAUUUCAAUUGGCAUUUAGUGUUCCAUUUCAAGGCCAGUGUGUUUGGUCAAAUCAGUCACAAACUGUUCAACUGCCUUAUAUCUCUGAUCCUUGCAGAAAGGAAAUGGAGUCACCCCAGCAGUUACGUAUGACUGGUUUUAAAAGCUUUUGACAAAUGUACAGGGUUUUUAUACUUUUUAAAUAUAGUAACAUUAA